AUGGUAAGCCACCAUGUUGAAGGUCUUGCCGUCAGUCUACCUCUGCGUGGUCUGGGAAUGCCCGCGUGGAAGGCAUUCAUGUGGGGCCAGUUCAGUGGGAUGGUUGAACCUAUCUUCGGCAUGUUGGGAUGCUGGGCCGUCUCAGUGGCAGAACCAGUAUUGCCAUACGCUCUGGCAUUCGCUGCUGGAGCCAUGAUUUGGGUUGUCAUGGACGACAUUAUGCCAGAGGCGCAUUCGAGUGGAAAUGGAAAAAUAGCGUCGAUCGGAUCCAUUGUCGGAUUCAUUGUCAUGAUGUCUUUGGAUGUGGCUCUGGGAUAG